AUUGAAAACUUGUCAAAUCUGCUACAUUCACACCCAUGAAAGUGGGAGAAAAGAUCGGACUCGACUAUAUCGACAUUUUUUUUAACCUCUCGCCUUAUAAUCCAUCACAAUAACUGAGUACCCACGUGGUCUUGUUCUCCGAGCUGAUAGAAAUGCACAUUUGUAUUAAUUAUUACAUAUUUUUGUUAAAACAGUAAUGUUUUUAUAAAUUUAAACAAAUAAAAAUAAUUUCAUAUUUUGACUACCAAUUUUCACUGCUGUAAAAAAUCAAAGAAACUUAAAAAUGGGAAAAGUGCGUCCACGUGCACCAAGUCGCAAAGGCGCGAAACGUUGGCCAAAAGGUCAAAGUUCAAACUCGAAUCCUGAGACUAAAAAAUAUCGUAAUCAAGCUAGAACAGGAUUCGGCCACUCAAAUUCCGAGUCUAGUCGUCUUACGACUGAUGCUGUCAAAAGACUGGAUGCUCUUCAGGGACUGGAUCCUUCAGAGAAAAUAGAAGUAGACGAUGACGAAAUGUCAACAGCUGAUACAUUCAAAACAUUUAACACGUAUGCCAGUACCUAUAGCAACUGCUCCAACGUUUCAUUCAGUCGUUUUCUUAAUCACUUUCAAUCAUCAUCAUUGCUGCACAAAGAAAUGUUGGCUAUUCUAGCAGCAGUAACUGAAAUAAUAAAAGAAAACGGAGGAACAGAAUCAUCAACUGAAUACUAUGCCGCACUUAUGAUAACUCUCGAGAAAGCUACAUCAGAAGAUAGCAUCGCAGCUAUUUUAUCACUACUAGGAAUGGGUCUAAAAACAGUUCCCAAGAACGUUCUCAAAGCCCAGUUCGGUCAAGCAAGCCAAGUGUUCAUUACAAUUCUCCAAAACUACGCUGACAGUGAGAACUUUUUAAUUCUCCGUCACUGCAUCGGGUGUUUAUCAGUUCUGAUGCGAGCUCAAGAGCCAGCCAUGUGGUCCAACUCAUCAACAUUGCAAAUACUGAAUGGCGUCUUGGCAUUUACCACCCACUCAAAGCCGAAAGUCCGCAAAGCAGCUCAGCACGCUGUCUGUGCAAUUUUAAAAGGCAGCGAAUUAAUGAAAGCUGAAAAUCCACCGGCUUAUCACCCAGCAGCACCAGAAGUUGCCAAGCACUGUCUCAAACAAUUCGAAGACGCGGGUAAACCUGGUACCAUCACAUCAACUCUCCACAUUCUAACUCUGCUAAAAGAUAUAAUUCACCAGCUGCCCAAGUCAUACGUCAAAUCAAUCUGCGAAGGUCUUCUUCGUAUCAUGACUUUGAAUAAUGUACUGGUGACAUCUUGCUGUCUCCAAACAUUCCACAGUCUUUUUAUAUCAAGACCAACUGAAGCUAUUUUACCACCAGAAUUAAAUGCGCAGAUAAUAAACGCACUGUAUGAUUACCAACCAGCACCUGGAGACACUCAGCCAACCCUAGCAUGGCUCGCUGUUAUGCAAGAAGCUCAUGCAAAUCUUGUAAAAAAAGAUCUCGAUCUCUGCGCGAAAAACAUUCACCGUAUUAUUGAUAAAUCGACAGAGCUCUGGCUGUCAGAUAAAACCGAAAUAAUAACCGCUGCUUCUCAUACUAUCAAAUCACUUCUCCAACUCUGCUUGGGACCUCUCUGCGAAAGUGAUAAAACAGCGGUCAAGUAUCACGAUACCAUAAAUCGAAUCGUACAGUCAGUACGACUAGGAAUGAAGUAUCAGUAUCAUUUAGCUUGGCACCAUGUACUCCAUUUGCUGGCUGUACUUUUCCAAGUCGCUGGCGCUAAAUGUCAACGCGAAUUGCUGCCUAUUUUAUCGGAUCUCGCUGAAUUAAGGGAUACUCAUAAAUUUACAUACAACUCCGAAGUCGAGUAUGCAGUUGGCGCUGCGGUAAAAGCAAUGGGUCCUGAAAUAGUUCUGGCUAAAAUUUCUCUGGUGAAUGCCAACGGAGUUGACUUGACAAGAAGUUGGCUCUUGCCUGUAUUGAAAGACUGCGUCAGCAGCGCGCCCUUGUCUUACUUUAUUAAAUUCAUGGUACCACUGGCUGAUAUUUGCGAUAAAAAAAGCAAAGAAUUGAAAGCUAAAAAUGACGGUAUCGGAUCACACAGUUACGAAUUAUUGAAUUCGCAAAUCUGGUCUCUGUUACCAAACUUUUGUAAUGACCCGCCAGAUAUUAAAGACAAUUUUAAAGAUAUCGCUCGACUUCUUGGAUUGGCUAUAAGUUAUAAAAAAGAUCUCAGAAUAUCUGUAAUGACUUCAUUGCGUAAAUUAAUUACGCGGUCUGUUCAAAAUAAAAAGGAACAAGACAUCGCUGAGUUAUCGAAGUUUGCCAAAAAUUAUCUGCCACUCUUGUUUACACUAUACACGACAAUACCAAAUGGUACAGACGAAGAAGGCCACCGUCUUGCUGCAUUUGACACAAUAAAAGUUUACUUGACGAUAACACCACCAGAGAUUUGCAAAGAAUUACUUGACAAGUCAGUAAGCAAAAUGGAAUCUUCAGAAACUGAUGACUUUACCAAACAAGCAGUCUUCGACUUGAUAAGAGUUUUAGUUCAAUUCACCAGUCGUGAUAAUCUCCAAGAGCUGUACAACAAAUGCACGGUCUUAUUUAUGAGCAACAAGCAGCCGAAGGAACAGAAAAAAGCCUACAGAUUUUUGGAAGAAAUUCUUGGAAGUGAUAAAGAAAUUUGCAAGGAAUUUAUUGAAGAGCAACGCAAAGCAAUUCAGAAAACUUUGAUUAAAGCAGCCACUAGUGUCUGUACCAUCAGCAAAGGAUCUAGAUUACGUUGCAUUGAUUACUUGGUAAAGAGUAAUCCUCAGUUGGAGAAGACGAAAUUCCUUGAAGCCAUCGUACCGGAAGUAGUAAUGUGCGUUAAAGAGUUGAACGAAAAAUGCCGCACGACUGCCUACCAACUGCUGAAUGACAUCGCUGAUAAAUUAAUGGGCAAUGGUGACAGCUUUGACGAGUACAUUCAAAUAAUUGUCGCGGGCUUAGGAAGCACUCCAGCUUUUAUCAACGCGACGCUGCUGAGUUUGGCGAGUUUGACUUACAAGUACACUGGGUGUGUCACGAGAGCUGGAGAAAUUCUCGAGCAUACUUGCACUCUUUUAACAGGACCGGCUAGAGAAAUUGUUUUAUCAGCGCUGUGUUAUGUCAAAGUAUAUAUAUCAUCAUUCCCAAGGGCAACUAUUGGCCCGAAUUUGCAGAAAAUAAUGAAAGGACUUACAGGAAUGACCGAAGAUUGCAAGCGUCAUUUCCGGCAGAAAGUACGUGACAUUCUGGUUAAAUUGAUAAGGAAAUUUGGUAUUGAACCGGUCGCUGAAAUGAUUCCGCAGUCUGAUGAAAUAAUGCACAAGAGAAUUAAAAAUAUAAGAAAGAUUGAAGCACGUAAACAAAAAGCUAAAGAAGACAAUAAAUCUAAAGCUGAGGAAAGCGAUGAAGAGUUUAAUGUCAAGAGAAAACCCAAAAGUAUUGAGGAAAUACUGGCUGAUAGUGACGAAGAUUUUGAUGACACUGAUAAUGACGGCGGGGAAAAUACUAAAAAGAAACAACCAAAGAUUUGGAUUAAAGAAAACGAAGAUGAUAUCGUUGACUUUACUGAUCCUUCUGCAAUGAAAAACAUCACGACUACGAAACCUGGACAGGCAAAUCCGGAAAAAAAAUUAAAAGCGAAAAAUCAUGGGUUCAAAACUGACGCCAGUGGUCGUUUGAUCAUCAAAGACAGUGACGAUGAGAGUGAAGAAGAAAAAGUUGGUAAAAAGAAGAAACAAUUACCGUUCCUUGGUAGUGAUUCUGAUGAUGCUCAUGACUCUGAUGCUGAUGACGAUGAUGAAGGUGACGAACCUGGGGUGUCUAAGAAAAAUCGGAGGAAACGUAAACUCAGCGGAAGCACAGAUGCCGGUAGUGUUGCCACCACGAGCAAGUCUGCGUACAAACCCGGUGGGUCUGGAAUCCAUCGCCCUCUGAAGACACCCAAGAUAGAUAAAGCUCCUGGUGCUGAGUACAGAUCCAAGAAAGCACCUGGUGACAUUAAAAAGAAAGGCAAACCGGAUCCUUAUGCUUAUCUUCCUCUGACCCGCGCUUCUUUGAACCGCAGGAAAAAGAUGAAAAACGCUAGUAGAUUCAAAGGUGUGAUAUCCGGUGCCAAGAAAGGUGUCAAGGUGGGCAAGAAAGCCAGGCGGAAGAUGUAGAUUAAGUGUU